UCUCCUUUUAUUUUAUUAUUUAUUUAUUUAUUUUAUUUUUUUAUUUUAUUUUUAAAAAAAAAAAUCUUAUCUUUUCAUUAUUGUUAGUAAAUAUGACUACAGCUAUUGAAUUACUUCGCGAAGAAAUUAACAAAGAACUUCAAGGUUCUGUCACUAUUGUUGUUCUCGGUGCUUCAGGUGAUCUUGCCAAAAAAAAGACAUAUCCUGCUUUAUUUGGUCUUUAUCAAAAUGGGUUCUUACCAGAGAAUACACGUAUAGUCGGUUAUGCACGUACAAAGAUGGACCGUGAAGAGUAUUUGAAACGUAUUACACAAUACAUCAAAUUGAAAAAGGAUGAUGAUAAAGAUAAAUUAGAAGCAUUCAAAGAAAUUACAGAUUAUAUUUCUGGACAAUAUGAUCAGGACUCUUCUUAUCAAGAUCUGAAUCAAUUUAUUGAACAAAGUGAAGAGAAACGUGGUAUUGAAGGUGAUAAAAAGAAUCGCGUCUUUUAUAUGGCUUUACCUCCUUCAGUCUUUGUUUCUGUUGCGAAAGGUUUAAAAUAUAAUGUGUAUUCAAAGGAAGGUAGUAAUCGUGUUGUGGUUGAGAAACCAUUUGGUAUGGAUUCUGAAACCUCUGAUCAUCUUGCUCGUGAAUUGGGUGCUUUAUUUACUGAAAAUGAGAUUUAUCGUAUUGAUCAUUAUCUUGGUAAGGAAAUGGUAAAGAAUAUCAUGAAUCUGCGUUUUGCCAAUGUUUUACUCGGUCAUGCUUGGGAUCGUACCUAUAUUGAUAAUGUACAAAUUACAUUUAAAGAACCUUUUGGUACAGAAGGACGUGGCGGUUAUUUUGAUGAAUUUGGUAUCAUUCGUGAUGUAAUUCAAAACCAUUUACUUCAAGUUCUUACUUUAAUUGCUAUGGAAAGACCUAUCUCAACAGACGCCGAAUCUAUUCGAGAUGAAAAAGUAAAAGUAUUGAAAUGUAUUGAGCCUAUCUCUAUUGAAGACACACUUUUAGGUCAAUAUGUAGCUGCUAAUGGUAAACCUGGUUAUCUGGAGGAUGAAACUUUAAAGAAUAAAGAAAGUCUUACCCCUACUUUUGCUGCUGUCGUCUGUUGGAUUAAUAAUGAACGUUGGGAAGGUGUGCCAUUCAUCUUAAAGGCAGGUAAAGCUCUUAAUGAAGCCAAGGUAGAGGUACGUAUUCAAUUCCAUCAUGUGGCUGGUAACCUUUAUAAAGGAUCUCCUCGUAAUGAACUUGUCAUUCGUAUCCAACCUAAAGAAGCUGUUUAUAUGAAGUUUAAUAACAAACAACCUGGUUUAUCUUAUCAAACUAUUCAAACUGACCUCGACUUGUCUUAUCAUGAAAGAUAUACGAAUUUAUUCAUUCCUGAUGCAUACGAAUCUUUAAUUUUAGAUGUCUUGCGUAACGACCAUUCUAACUUUGUUCGUGAUGAUGAACUAGAACGUGCCUGGAAGAUCUUUACACCUUUACUCCAUAAGAUUGAUCGUCAUGACGAUGAUGUGGAAAUCAAACCUUAUGAAUACGGUUCUCGUGGUCCAGCAGAGUUGAAAGAUUUUGUUAAAAAGUAUGGUUAUCAUCGUGAUACUCAAGUUAAUUAUCAAUGGCCUCAACAGAAUGUGAAUCCUUCUUUGAACAAACUUUAACCAAAAAAAAAAAAAAAAAAAAAAA